UGUUGCUUGGCAGUGGUUGUCAUAGUGACGUUUGUUAAACAACACCGAUUCUGUCGGCCAUUACGCUCAUAAAACAGUCUGCAAACAGCGGGAGUUUUUCUCUUUGUUUCCUGUCAUUUUUGUCUCUAUCAUCAGACAUCAUGAGCGACACCAUCUAUCCUCCAGAGAGCAUCUAUAACCUUAUUCCCAGAGAGGAAGAAAAAGCCAUGAAAGCGCCCAGGUACAUGUCAAAGUUCAGAGAGCAGGUGAAGCUGGAGAAAGUGGUGAACAAAUCCCCCAAUAAAACUCUGGGACCAGCAAAAGUGGACGUACCGUUGCCAACAAACUAUCUACUGAAACACUCCAAGGAACCUAAACUCCCUGAGAAGAAACCAUUUAAAUAUGAAGAUGAUGAGCUACGUAGUAAACCACCAGUACCUGCAAGAACAGAGAAGCCGCUCAUGGGUCUCCACACCAACAAGAACUUUAUUAAGACCAAUGCUGUUGAGAACAUCAUGGCAGUCCCAAAGAAAGUGCUGCCAGCGUAUGCUGAUACCAAGAAGGGGGACAAACAACCGCUGGAGAACUCUGGUCUCAUCCCCAAAUUCAUUAAGAAGAAGGACUAUGGUCAAACUCCAGAGUACCUGCUCCAACGCAGAGAGGAAGUCAAGAAAGCUCAAGAGGAAUAUGAUAACUAUGUCAAGGAGCGUAUGAGAGAGGGAGCCAUGAAACAACUCUUGGGUGAAGAACGACAAAAUAUCCUACAGGCUCUGAAGAAGAACUGGGAUGACCUUCAUCAUCAGUACCAGGGCCUCUCUGUUGUCACAGACACAGCUCCCAAAAAAUACAGGAAGGAGCGUCUGGAGCAGGAAAUGAAGCAGCUGGAGAGAGAUAUUGACCUGAUUGAGCGACACAAAACCAUCUACAUCACUAAUAAUUGAGCGUGAUGUUAGCUAGUGGCCCUAAGUUCAGCAAAUAUCCAAGAACAACAUUAGAAAUAUUUGAAACUGCCACAGUGUCUUUGCUCGUCCUCUUCUAUGGUACUUGAAGGUUAGUUUGAAAGGCUUCAGUAAAGUUUUACAGCAAUACAUCUAAGUACAAUAAAGAUAAUUUUAGAUGAA